AUGGCCCGAGGAAGAGGAAGACUCCCAGCAGCACCGACAACUCCCCCACGGCUCCUUGCCCGUCAACCAAGCAAUGGCAAGGACACGAGAAGCGGCGAGGGCAAGGGCAACAAGGACACGAGAAGCGGCAAGGACAAGGGCAAGGGCAACAAGGACACGAGAAGCGGCAAGGGCAAGGGCCGAGGCCAGGGCAAGAACACAGGAGGCGGCAAGGGAAAGGGAAAGGACCGAGGCAAGAGCACGAGAGGAGGCUCGGGCAAGGGCCGAGGCAAGAACACGAGAGGAGGCUCGGGCAAGGGCUCGGGAGGAGGCAUGGGAGGAGGCUCGGGCAAGGGCAUGGGAGGAGGCCCUAGCAGAGGAAACAGUAGAUGGAAGUCCUCCCGCUGCUCAACCCCAGCCUGUGCUGUUCAAGUUGCUCUCAGAGAGCGAGGAGCAUGA